AUGGUGCGUCCCCGUCCCUCAUCCCCUCCGCCUCAUCAUCUCCCAGCUCCCAAGGCCAAGGCCGCCACCUCGUCCAAGCCCAAGCCCGCCUCGAAGAAGCGCACGACCCGCGCCGACACCUCGUCCGACGACGACUCGUCGCCCCCGCCCGCCAAAAAGCCCAAGGUCAAGGCCGCCAAAGCUUCGUCGUCGUCCAAGAGCUCCGCCAAGCCCGCGUCCAAGCCCAAGAAGCUCAAGAAAAAGACCGAGGAGAUGGUCCUCUCGAGCGACAGCGACCACUCGUCCGACUCGGACGUCGUCGUCGAGCAGCCCAAGAAGAAGAGGGCCGCCGCUCCGGCCUCGUCGUUUAAGGCCAAAGCCACCUCGAGCAAGCCCAAGUCCAAGGCCGCCCUCGCCUCGCGCACCCCGUUCGAGGCGUCGACCUCGACGCCCGCCGAGUCGCUCGCCGAGGCGCCCAAGAAGAAGAAGGACAAGAAGGCGCCCAAGGAGUUCCCGUUCGACGAGGCGCUCCCGGUCUGGUUCGCCCAGUUCGCCGACAAGGGCGACAAGACCAAGAUGGACGGCAACGGCAUCGAGAAGCUCUUCCGCGACAUGGGCCUGUCGAUGGACGGCGCGUACCCGCUCAUCCUCGCGUGGAAGGUCGGCGCCAAGCCGGGCACGUUCGGCGCGUUCUACCUGAGCGACUUUGAGCGCGCUUUCCGCGACGACAAGAUCGCCUCGUCCGUCAAGCUCAAGGCGUUCCUCGAAAAGCAGGAGCAGGAGCUGUUCAAGCCUCGUGCCGGCGGCAAGGGCAAGGCAGUCGCCGCGCCGGGCGGGAGCAGCGACUCGGAGGACCUGUACCGCGGGCCCGACGCCGACAUGAUCGCCAACCAGUCGUUCCAGCAGUUCUACACGUUCCUCCUCCCCUUCUUCCGCGCCGAGGGCUCCAAGACGCUGCCCGCCGAGGCGGCCAAGGCCAUGUGGUCCGUCGUCCUCGCGCCCAAGUACGCACUCGCGCAGGGUUUCGUCGACUUUGCCGAGCACCGGGGCGACAAGUUCAAGGCCGUGUCGACCGACCUGUGGACGCAGCUGCUCGACUUUUGCGAGACGGUCGAGCCCGACCUGACGGGGUGGAGCGAGGACGACGCCUGGCCGUCGGCGAUUGACGCGUUCGUCGAGUGGAAGAGGGACAAGGAGGCCGUUGCGUGA